GUAAAAAUAACAUUGUUUAUCAAACAUUAUUUUCCCAUUUAUUAUAGAAAUGAUAUUAAUAAUUUUGUGUAAUAUUUGUAAAUUAUGUAGACCUUACAAUAAUUUUAGAAAUUAGUGACAAAAAGUUUGUGAUUAAUUAUGCUCCUCAAAUAUUGUAAACCAUAUAAAUAUAAAUAUAUCUUUAAUUUAAAAGAAAAAAUCAGGUGAGAAAUAAAGCAAUAAAUAAAGAGAGAGGGCCUACUAAGGAAUAUACCGACUCAGUCUAAUAAUUUUGGGUGAAGUAUAUUCCAGAUUUCUCCAAAUUAAUAAACUUUCUGCAAAAGCUAUUAUUAUAUAUUAUUAUUAUAAUUAAUUUCAAUUUCCAAUUCAAAAUAUGAUAUUUUAUUUAUCACUGAUGUGACAAAUCUUUAUUUGUAUAAAAUAUAUUAUUGUUGCUUUCUUUUGCAAAUAAAUAUAUAUAUAAGGCUUCGUUCAUUUUCAUUUUUAUUUCAAGUAGAAAAAAGUGUGUGUGAAGAGCUGAAGACUAAGGAGAAAGAGUGUUCUCAGUAGUGGAAAAGAGAUAAUAAAGAUUAAUUGUAAGUUUGAGUAGUAGCUAGAGUACUACUGCAUGGAUAAUAAUAAUAAUAAUAGUCUUGAAGAGAGAGUUUCUGUGUUUCUCAACGAAGAAUUUGAUCAUCAUCGUUGUAAUAAUUUGGAAUAUGAUCAUCAUCAUCAUCAUCAAUCCAACGAUACAAAUGAUUGGUCAGAAGAGAGAACCAUCUACUGGGAAUCUCAGUACUUACUUCUUCAGGAGGUUUUGGAGAGAUAUAACUUAACAGGAUCAAAGUUGAGAAGAGAGAUUGGUCGAACUACAGAUAUGGCUAAAGACACAGAGUAUUGUCAUUGUGCCAAGACUAAAACCGUUCAUGGCCAUGGCUGCAACCACUGCUUGAGACGAAUAGUCAUUAAAAAUCUUCGUGAAAAGGGUAUUAAUGCCUCUCUUUGCUCAUCAAAAUGGAGACACACCAAAAAACAUCCCCAAGGUUGCCACGAAUAUAUCGAAGUGAUUGGAAACAAGACAAUAUCGAGUCAAUCAAAGCAAAUUUCAUACGUAGUUGAGGUGGAAUUCCGUGACCAAUUCGAGAUUGCGAAGCCAUGUGAGGAGUAUAAGAAGCUUCUGAGUCUACUGCCGGAGUACUACAUUGGCAAGAUCGAUUGCCUAAACGCAGUGGUUCGAAUCAUCUGUGACUCAGCCAAGAGGUCGAUGAAGGAGAAGAAGAUCCACAUGGGACCUUGGCGACAGACCAGCUUCAUGCUUAUGAAAUGGUCCAAAGUUCCCCUCAAUAACUCUUCUGAUGACACUUUUCAGCCUCCUAUUUCACCACCGCCGUCGCCAAUUAAGAAACAAUCGCAGUUUUCCGUGGCUCCUCCAGCUGUCGUAGUUACAUGAAGAUACAUGGUAUUAAAAAAGAAAGAAAAAUAAAUGAAUAUUUCACAUUAUCGCCGUUUUUGUCAUGACAAUUGUAGUAGCCAAUAUACGUAGUUUAUUCUAGGUAAUUAAGUUAACUCCAUGGAAGAGAAGAGUCUGGGAUUUUGAUUUGUGUUAACAUGCAUUUUAAUUAUUGAACUAUUUCUAAAAUUAAUCUAUAUGUUUACAAGUGA